GAGGCGGCUCAGCGCUCCACGCGCUGCCUAUGGACUCUGACCCGGAGUCAUGAAGCGCGUGUGCGCGGCGGCGCUCAAAGGAGGUCUGAGAAUAACCUCAUUAAAGUCCGGUCGGCACCUGCAGGGACCGAGGACACUGGUCCGGCCCGUGUGAGCCGUCAUGGCGCUGCCCGUCCACCUGCUGGCCUGCGCCUUCGGCCUGGGCUCCUGGGUGGCAGUGAACGGCCUGUGGGUGGAGCUGCCGCUCAUGGUCACCAGUCUGCCCGAGGGCUGGGAGCUGCCCUCCUACCUGAGCGUCCUCAUCCAGCUGGCCAACCUGGGCCCUCUGGCCGUCACCCUGGUGCACAAGCUCCGCCCGGGUCUCCUCAAGGAGCGCUUGGUCAUCUACAGCCUCCUGUGCGUGGGCGUCCUGGCCUGCGUCCUGCUCGCCUUCCUCUGGGACCGGACGGCCGCCGUGGCCGGGGCGCCGCACAGCGUCGCCUUCUUCAGCAUCACCUUCUUCCUCUCGCUGGUGGACUGCACCUCCUCCGUCACCUUCCUGCCCUUCAUGACGCAGCUGCCGGCCACGUACGUCACCACGUACUUCAUCGGCGAAGGGCUGAGCGGCUUCGUCCCCGGAGCGGUUGCUCUGGUCCAAGGCGUGGGCAUCUCCCGGUGCCUCAACUCCUCUCAGGGUGGGAACCGCACAGAGGGGAGCCCGUGGGCGUCACGCACAGAGUACCUCCCCCCGCGCUUCUCCACCGGCGUGUUUUUCGUCACCUUAGCCGCCAUGAUGUGCGUGAGCCUGGCUGCCUUCGUGGCACUCAACAGGCUCCCGCGGACGUACGAGCUGUCGACGGAGGCGCUCGCGCCGCACGCCGUGGCCUCGGUGGCCUCCGGCCUGGAGGACGCUGCAGCCGGGGCUCAUGCAGACGCCAUGAAACAGGGAGGGGGGGCCUCGGAACACUCCAGGUUCCAGCUGGGCCUCAUCUACUUCCUGGUGCUGUGGGUGAACGCGGCCACCAACGGCCUGCUGCCCUCCGUGCAGACGUACUCCUGCAUGCCCUACGGGAACCUGGCCUAUCACCUGUCCGCCGCGCUGGCGUCGGUGGCCAACCCAGUGGCCUGCACCGUAGCAAUGUUCCUCCCAAACAGGUCGCUGCUUUUUCUGGGCGCGCUGACGCUGUUGGGGACGGGAUUUGGCAGCUAUAACAUGGCGAUGGCAGCUAUGAGUCCGUGUCCGCUGCUGCAGGGAUCUGUGUUUGGGGAAAUUAUCAUUGUGCUGUCAUGGCUUCUCUUCACUGGACUGCUGACCUACAUCAAAGUCAUGGUGGGCGUCAUCCUGCGGGACCGAAGCCACAGCGCCCUGGUCUGGUGUGGAGCUACAGCACAAGUGGGUUCACUGGUCGGUUCCAUCACUAUGUUCCCACUGGUGAAUGUGUUCCAGCUGUUUAAGUCAGGAGACAUCUGCAACACUGAGUGUCCCCUAUGACAUUUAACCUGAGAACGACAGCAAGGAGGCGUGAUGCAUCUUACUGUGUAGCGUGUUGGAACACAUGCAUGUUGAUAGUCAUGGUUCAAUAAAGCAUGAGGUUAGAAUAUCCCACGCUGGGUUAAAAAAGUAUAAAUGAAAAUUUCCUGACCCAGGUAUAUAAUCACAGGAUCUUUAUUAUAAUCAUAAAACACAGUGAAUACACCUGUGCAUCUAAAAAGGUGUCUAGGAGUCAUGAUUCUAUUCCUAUAGGGGGCUCAAUAUUAAUAAUUUGUAAUAGUAAUUUGUUCUGUAGAGGUUAAACUCUUUAUAUGUAUAUAUUCUGAAGAAGUAUUACUCCUUUGAGUUCAUGAGCAGAGGACCUCGCCUCAACGCUCAUCUCUGACAUUUGUAUUUCUUUGACUUUUAUUUUGUAGCAAUGCUAAAAAGUGAAGUCUCUGCUUUGGCCACUAGGUGGCAGGAGCACACUUCUGUAUAAAGCCGUGUUUGCGUUUACAGGUUGCAUGUGACCGACACAGAUCCUGGUUCAUGAAAGCUCCAGAUUGAGUGCUUUUAAACGCCUGAACUGAACUGAACACGUGUUCGGGCAACUCAGGUCAUUGUAAAUAUCAUAAAGAUCAUUGUGUGCAACAACAAAACAGAACAAAAGUGAGUACUUUCAUUUUUUGUGUGCAGCAUUGAGUGUUUAAAUUUGACGCCACCAUCACAUAUUCCACCAGACAGUUUCACUUCUAAUUAAAGAAAGAAAGAGCAAAAAAACAGAACCCCACAACAGUCAGACAACAAUCAUCCCCCAAGAUGCUCCUGCUUUUGGUUGACGCAGGGAGGCCGGUCAUCAUGGGAACGCGAGAGGGGUUUCCCAUCAGCAGCUGUGUCGGCUCCCUGCACCCCCACCCCCACCCCCUUUGCCCUUCAGCAGGAGAGCGA